AUGACAAAAAAUGAUGGGGAAGCUAAGGAUGACGAUGGCGACUGUGCUAGUGGUGGUGGUGAUGGUAAAAUGGUGCUGAAGAAAGGGCCGUGGACACCGGAGGAGGAUGCGAUUCUGAUAGAUUACAUCAAGAAGAAUGGACACCGGAAUUGGAAUGCGGUGCAGAGGAACUCAGGGCUGGCUCGUUGUGCCAAGAGUUGUAGGCUUCGGUGGGCUAACCAUUUGCGUCCUGAUAUCAAGAAAGGUUCUUUUACUCCCGAGGAAGAGAGCAUCAUUGUCAAGAUGCAUGCCAAGCAUGGCAACAAAUGGGCUCGCAUGGCUGCCAAGUUACCUGGGCGAACAGACAAUGAAAUCAAGAACUACUGGCACACCAGAACAAAGAGACGAUUGAAACAAGGCCUACCUCUCUACCCAGAAGGCAUAGAAGAUAACAAUUUCAUGGACAAUUAUAGCGCCAACAACAACAGACCUACAAGUUCCAACAUGACACCUCCCACACCUUCCACUCCAACAUCUCAUUCCCAGCUCCCUUCACCACACGGCCUCUCCCCGGGCCACAAUCUCUCCUCAUUCCGCAACCUCUCAUGGCCUGAUCUCCAAUUAGCUGUGCAGCAAAGUGGACCGUCGUACCAAUCAACUCUCUCUCUCAUUGACCCUGCUACCAUUGCUUUCACCCCUCUUCGCACUCCUCCGGUUCUCUCCGCUCCGUUCGGCCGAUUCAAGCGGCCUAGAAACACUGCCAACGGGUGGUCUCUGCCACCUUCACCGCCACCAUCUUCUCUACUGCUUCAUUCUUCCCCAAUUACUUCGGUCCCAUUGAGCCCGUCUUAUGGACUGAGUACUUCAUCACCAAUUACUCAAACUCAAUACACACCCGAAAGGGAACUCUCAAAGUGCUCUUCUUUUAGCUUCAAGUCGGAGCUCCCUUCAAGCCAAUUGUCACCAAGAUCAGCAGACUUGAAAUCCAACAUGGCUACCAAGAUGGAUAUUAAAGCGCACGAUGUUCGCUUUAAUCUGAAUUCAAGCCAAUUAUCACCAAUUGGAGCCAUGAAGUCCACCAUGGGAUCUAACAUGGAGCUCAACUCAAUCCCAUUAUCACCAACAGAGUCCUUAAUCAGAUCUACUAUUGAAACUUUGUCACAAGAUGCUUUGUUUCAAGAAGCUGAAGCAAAGGCAGAAGAUUUAUCGGGCAAAGAAAGGAGGAGAGAAGUUUCGCUUUCUCUAAGUGAAUCCAAAACAGAUGAUUUAUUGGGUGAAAGCUGGAGGGAAGACAGUGCUGCCAAAGAAAACUUAAAGAUAGCUGAUUUAAUGAGAAAUUCGUUUGGCAAAACCUUCAACGAGAGCUCAGACAGAGAAGGUUCGUUGGCGGAGAGCUUCUGGGGGAAAGCUGGUUCAUUGGGGGAAAGGUUGGGGAGAGAAGAUCUGCUGGCUUCACCAACGGGAGGCAGGCCUGAGUUGGAUGGAUUCGGCCAAGACUUUAGCCGAAGCACCACGAACACUCCUCCUCCUCCUACAUUGGAAUGCAGUGGGCCAUGGGGCGAUUUGAUUUCUGUUCAUUCCUCUGCAACUGAAAAGGCAAAGGAGGGAGCAGAAGAGCACAUGAUCAACAUCAUGCCUGAAGAAUUAUCAAGCCUUCUGGAAUUUUUUCCUACCACAGUCGAAGUCCCGGACUGGUACCGAAAUGAUCAGGAAAGCUUGGGCGAGCAGAGUGAUGUGGAUGCUAUUGCUGGAUUUGGGGUGCAAAUAAAUUCAUGGGACAACUUGCCUGGGAUUUGCUAA